UCGCGUGGCAGUCUGGCGUCGCUGGUCGACGUACGCGGAACAGCAGCGGCCGAGCAGGGGCAGAGCGCUCUUUGCGCUCUUUGCGCGCUGUCGCGUUCGCUGCAUAUACAUUUGCGUGGUUCUCGCGGACAGAGGAAGCGGCCCGGCGAAUCGGUGUCGGAAAAGCGGCGGCAGGUGGCAGGUGGCAGGUGGCAGGCGGCCGGCCGAAGAGGUGUUGUAUGUCAUUGUCAGUAGAGCUGGUGACAGUCGAUAGUGCGAGAGCGAGUGCCGAUGCGGAGCGUGCAGCUGCGGCUGCUGCGGCCGCAGCAGCGGAUGCACCGCGGGGCAGCAGUGGCGGCGGUGACGGCGGCGGCGGUGACGGCGGCGACGGCGGCCGGCCAGCAGCGACGACCAGCAGCAGCGGCAGCAGGGAGGAGGUGUGGCGGUAACAACCGCGCCACCUCGUGAUCGGCCCGGCCUCGAUGGAAGUCUUGGCGGACAGGCCUGGUGCUGAGGCUGGCGAGAUCACGCAGAUAUUGACAGAAGCGGCCGAAGGCAGAAUGGGUUCCUGCGGGGUGUACUUCUCUCAGUUGCGAGCCAUGCUCAUUAGAAAUCUCCUUCUAAAGAAACGAGAAAAGAGAAAAACAACGGCGGAGAUAUUUCUUCCUCUAUAUACCCUUGGGAUAUUGAUUGUGGUGAAGGUUUUUAUACCGAAUCCUAACUACCCCGCGAUUACGACUCAGAAGCGGGAAAUGAGCAUUUUCAAGUGGUUUAAUAGUUAUAACAACAAUACUAUUGCCGUUGUGCCCAAUUCAACGGAAACUCUCGCUUUUCUAAACUCUAUGAACGUGUUGUGGUCAUCUAUGUGGAAAUAUCGUGGCAAGUUUCCCCUAAAUUUCGUUGUCUACGAUACUAAGGACGAUUUACAAGCCGCUUAUUGGAAGGAUCCCUACAAUGUACCACUAGCAGUCAUUUUCGAGGAUCCUCAGCCAAUUUCUCGUCGUUUACUGUAUGAAAUACGGACGAAUCCUUGGUACGUAACGCCACCGAGGCCGACCGAGCUGUUCUCGUCCUCGGUGACCUGUCGGAAGAACACCAGUCACUGGAUGGGUGGUAUUCUGUCCUUUGAUACCGGCGCCACAUGCCCAGUCAAUAAUUAUAUUUUAUCCGGCUUCAUGGCCUUGCAAAUAGUUAUAGACACUACCAAAACUCGAUUGGAUACAGGCAACAGCAACAUCCGAGUACCGAAUGUCCAGCUGGAAAUGUUUCCAAAGGAAGCGUAUACAGCAGAUUGGAUGCUCGCUUUUCGCGUCGUGAUUCCUCUGUACAUGGUGCUAGCACUCUCGCAAUUCAUUACAUAUCUACUGAUACUUAUCGUCGGCGAGAAAGAAAAUAAAAUCAAAGAGGGCAUGAAGAUUAUGGGCCUCAAAGAUUCAGUAUUUUGGUUAUCGUGGUUUAUCCUUUAUGCUAUUUUCGUUCUGCUGCUCUCGGCAGUUGCAGUCGUGUUGCUGUUCACUUUGCAAAUGUUCCAGCACACGGACUUCCUGCCGAUAUUCCUACUGGUCGUGCUCUACAGCUUCUCCGUCAUCAUGUUCGGUUUUAUGAUUACGCCGUUCUUCGAUAAGUCACGAACUGCCGGAGUUCUUGGUAACUUUGCAGUGACGAUACUUAGCCUAAUGUACUUUAUCCAAGUGUUCGUCGACGACUCGACCUCGAUAUCUUUCUGGGUUGUGUCGUUGAUUAGCCCCACGGGAGUUGCCUUGGCAAUGGACAAGGCACUCGUGUUGGACCUGCAAGGCGAAGGGGUAAAUUUUGACAAUCUUUGGUCGGGUCCGGGAAUGCCAUUUGGUGGUAGCCUCGUCAUGAUGUCCUUGGAUAUCAUUUUAUAUGGAAUGCUUGCCUAUUACCUCGACUCCGUUAUUCCCAGUGAAUACGGUGUGAAACGACCGCCAUGGUUUUGCUUUGCAUGUAAUUUCUGGUGUCGCAAGACUAAAACGCCACGAGCACCUCAGACAGUGAACGGCGAAUCGAAUAGUUUCAUCCCCGGUGAGGAAGCGAACCGCGACGUGGAGCCAGUGGUGCGCGAAAUGAAAGGUCGCGAGGCGAUUCGGAUCGUCGACCUCUACAAAUCGUACACCAAGUGUCGACGUGCCGAAGUAAAAGCCGUGAACGGCAUAAAUUUAACCAUUUACGAGGGCCAGAUAACCGCGAUUCUCGGUCACAACGGCGCUGGCAAGACAACGCUCUUCAACAUUCUCACGGGACUGACUUCGCCGUCUUCCGGUACUGCACUGAUAUUUGGCUACGACGUGAGGGACUCCAACGACAUGCAUAUGGUUCGUAGCAUGACCGGUGUGUGCCCGCAGCACGACAUUCUUUUCGAUUUGCUGACGCCUCGCGAGCAUCUCGAGUUCUUCGCUGCGGUGCGCGGCAUUCCGAGGAAACAGAUCGGUCACGAGGUUAAGAAGACCUUGAAAGACAUAGACCUAAUGGAUAAAGCCGACACCUUCGCCAAGUAUCUCAGCGGCGGUCAGAAGAGAAAACUAUCGGUCGGAAUCGCCAUCAUCGGCGAUCCCAAAAUCAUCAUUCUCGACGAGCCGACGGCGGGUGUCGAUCCGUACUCGCGUCGGCAGUUGUGGUCAUUCCUUCAGUCGCGUCGUCACGGCAAAGUUAUAUUGCUGACGACUCACUUCAUGGACGAAGCUGAUAUUCUCGCCGACAGGAAAGCUGUAAUUAGUAAGGGCAAGCUGCGCUGCUGCGGUAGUUCGUUGUUCCUUAAAAAUAAAUUUGGAAUCGGAUACCAUCUCACGAUGGUAUUGGAGGGUAACUCGCGUGAAAGCGCAAUUGCCCGGCUGGUAUUGUCGCACGUGGCGAAAGCUGAAAAGGCGCGACGUCACGGUCGUGAACUGAGCUUCAUUCUACCGCACAACUCGGUGGAUAAUUUCGCACCACUGUUCUCGGCGAUCGAGCACGAAAUCAAGAGCAAAGCACUCCGUUUGGGCAUCAGCAGUUACGGUGUGUCGAUGACCACUCUGGAAGAAGUGUUCUUACACCUGGAAAAGGACGAGGAGACCGACUGCACGAUGGAUAAUCUUUCGAAAAAGAUGGUGAGAAAUCGUGCACUCAGUCGUUCCUUGUCUCUCCAGUCAAAGAGCACGUCUUACCAGAGUCUACAGAACGAGGGUGCUCUCAUACAGAAUGACUCUCAGCUGAAAGUUAAAAUGCCACCAACGAUUCAGAGCGAGCGAGAAAAGACUCUGUCAAGAAUGAGGCUUGAGUUUGGUAGCAUUUUCACUCCAAAAAAUUUAAAAGAUAUAAGCGAGCUGCCCGAGAGUGGCUCGCAGCAGGACAAGAGUCCAGCGAUACUUGGUCUCGGCUUGGACCCCAUCAACAUCAGGCCUAAGGCAAUGCAAGCUUUCUACGCCAUGCUACGCAUUAGGGUCUUGCGACUCUUCAGGAGCAUACAGCUGCUGUACUUUACGAUCGUUGCACCGCUCGCCCUUGUCGCUCUCGGCCUCUAUCUCAAAAGUAUACAGACCGUCGACAUCAAGGUGCAGAGCUUGGAACUCAAUAAAAACGAUACUUACGGAAACGACACGAAGAUUCUGUACGUCAACAGCUCGGGUCAAGAUAUGACGGAACUGACGAACAGCCUGAACCAAGUGAUUGGCUAUACGCACGAAUACGACGGGACCUUCGGCGACUUGUUGGAUCGGGCACCUCAUAUGGCCAUACUCAACGUCACAGGCUAUAAUGUGACGAAGAUUAAUGUCACGGUCAUAUACAAUGAUACCAUGCAACAUUCAUUGCCGCUGGUCUUGAAUGUCUUUACCAACGCAUUUCGCAAAACCCUCGCUAUCGACCAGACAGAGCCGAUAAGAGUGAAGACGCAUCCGUUCCAGCAAACAUCUCAGCCCCAAGAGUUUAAUAUUGGAAUAGCCAGCACUGCACUGUUCAUCGGAAUGGAUCUGGUCCUUGUGCCCAUAACUCUUGCCGUCGACAUGGUCUAUGAUCGCGAGAUCAGAGCGAAGAAUCAGCUGCGAGUGAACGGCCUGUCCUUCACCGCGUAUUUUCUCUCGUACUUUGUCGUGCUGAUCGGCUUGAUGGCUUUCAUCUGCCUCUGCAUUCUCGGCAUAAUUUUCCUAUUCGACGUGCCAUCGUUGCAAGAAACGCCAGCUCUCCUAACUCUUGGCGGACUCAUUAUGCUUUACUGCCCAUCUUCCAUUUUUUUCUCCUCCUGUCUUGCCUACAUGUUCGACAAAAUGGACUCGGCACAGAGCUUCCUGCCGAACAUUGCUACCUUCUUCGGACUCCUACCGUUUUGCUUCGUCAUGGUUCUCGAUAUGUUGAGCGUUGGUGAAAUGGCCGCAUUCACGAUGCACGUUAUAUUCUCACUGUCCAACACAUUGUACGUGCCGUACGCGGCGCUUUAUUACGUCGAUCGGGUGCACCUAAUGUGCUCGAUCAAUGCGGCCUGCCAUCAUCUAAGCAUAUACGAUUACCUGACCAGUGAAAUCAUUGUCAUGGUCGUUGGCGUGAUACUACACUGUCCCCUUUGGUUCUUGGUAUUGCUCAUACUAGACACAAAGAAGAACGGUGGCAACGUUAGAGAUCUCAUCAAGAAUUUCACUCGCAAUGGAUCAUCGAGCAACGAAGAAGUCGUUGAAAAUUCCGACGUAGGCGAGCACGAAGACACCGAUGUAAAGAACGAAAGACAAAAGGUGUUCAAUAUCAUGAACUCGUCGACCGUGCAAGAGUCACCAGUCGUGGUAGUGCAAAAUCUCCGGAAAGAGUACCGUCAACAAGAGGCGACGGGCUGCAGCUGCUGCUCGAAACGCGAGGAGGAGCAACAGCCACAGCCAACGAAAAAAGUAGCCGUGCGUAAUCUUUCUCUGUCGGUAGAGGCAGGUGAAGUUUUGGGCCUGUUGGGUCACAAUGGUGCAGGCAAAACAACCACCAUGAAGAUCAUUAUAGCCGAGGAAGCGCCGACGCGCGGUCGAGUACAAAUUGGCGGUCAGACCAUUCAUUCGCAUGUGUCCGAAGCUUUCCGUAAGAUGGGCUACUGCCCUCAGCACGACGCUCAAUGGAAGAACGUCACUGUCAGGGAGCACCUUGAGUGCUAUGCUGCUAUACGCGGUGUGCCUCAGUCCGAUGUCGAUAGGAUCAUCGACAUGUAUCUCACUGGUCUACAAAUUCACGAGCACGCCGACAAGCGAACUCAAGAAUGUUCCGGUGGAACGAGAAGAAAAUUGAGCUUCGCUAUGGCCAUGAUUGGUGGACCCAAAGUCGUCCUCAUGGAUGAGCCCAGCACGGGUAUGGAUCCUCGCUCGAAAAGGUUCCUCUGGGACACGAUCCUCGCCAGUUUCCAGGGUGGUCGGGGAGCGAUCCUGACUACGCACUCGAUGGAGGAAGCGGACGCGCUUUGCUCGCGCGUCGGCAUCAUGGUGAAGGGUGAGCUUCGCUGCAUCGGCUCGACCCAGCAUCUGAAGAAUCUCUACGGGGCUGGCUACACGCUGGAGAUGAAGCUCCGCGGUGGCGACAGUACGCCGACGACGCCGUCGGGUAAUCGAGUCAGCUGCCUCAAAGACUUCGUCACGUGUAUGUUCCCGGACGCUAAACUCGAGGAAAGCUUCGCCGAUAGACUUGUGUUUAGCGUACCUCAACACUCGGUGCAAUCUCUGGCUGAAUGCUUCGUUCAGCUUGAGAAAGCCAAAAUCGAUCUGGAUAUCGAGGAGUACAGUUUCAGUCAGACCACGCUGGAGCAAGUGUUCCUCAAGUUCUCGCACGCAGAGACCGAUGCGGGUGAAUGAGGGUUGUGGAGAUGCAACGCCGAGGCUCAGCCUUAUGAGUCCACGGUGUUGUGAUUUAGUGGCAAUACCAGCAACAUUGGCGAGUAAGCUUCAAAUCCUCGCAGAACAAAAACACCAUAUACACUGACACUUCACUCUCAACUUUGUAUUUUUUUCGAGUCGUCAAUCGAUUAUUAUACGUAGCUGUAUUCGUACAUUUCUUUUUUCUACAUCAUUGCAACGUACUUAUACAAUAAUCCAGUCUUUUGUUAUUCCGUUCUGCUUUUUUUCGAGAAAAAUGCAAAUAACGGUAUACAUUGAAAUGCGUUCACGUUGGUGAAAUACCUCAUGAGUUGUAAUUCUGCAUGGUUAAUGUGUUUCUUGUAAAGAGUAGACGAAGCUGAUUGUUGUAUUUUGAGUCCUGUGUAAUACGUCGGCGAUGUAAAUCAUUGCGAAAAACGUCGCGAAGUUCUUGUCGUCUUGCUUCGUGGCUUUUCACUUACAAUUAGUAUAAAUGUACUCAUUAACGAUCAUACGCGGCUUCGUCAUUGAUAAUUCCAAAGGAUUGAUUGAAAAGUGGUUUGAAAUUAGAUCACGAAAAAAUGAAAGAAAAAAACUUUGCAUGUAAAUAAACUUUGUUAUCGCGUUGAUCCUUAAGAUUCAACGUUCUUCGAUAAUCAUAUAUUUAUAUAUAUAUAUACUCAUUAAGAUGAUGACUCGUAACGUGGUUAACUAGAUUUUUCAUUUUUUUAGACACAACAAAAAAUGACAUCGUUUGAUAAUAAAAAAAACAACAAAAUAAAGCAAAGGCAAAAUCUCAAUUAAAUACAUUUCAAAAGUCGAACUAUAAUCAAUUCAACAAAUGUUUCAACAAAAGAUAUCAAUGAAGAAAUUGUUUGCAUGUUUAAACAUGGAUAGAGAAUGUGAGUGAUUCACUUACAUUACAUAUUUCUAAAGUGCAAUAUACAUAUUUGCAUCGACGACAAUGGAAGAUUUACACAAGAGAGUAAUCAACAAAAACAAAGUAACAAUACAAUUAUAAUAGUGCAAUUAUUCCACUACUUCCUCAUACUUUUUUCGUACAAAAGUAUAGACACCAGUAAAUAAUGACAUUCAGACUUUUUCCCGCAGAUUAGCUCGGGCAUACACUAUCAAUGAACAAAAAAACAAACGCGCUUUUAAGAAUUUUUAACUAACGUAAGAAAUAUAUGACAGCUUUUAUGACAAAAUUCAAUAUUAUUUUAUUAUUAAGAUUAAGUUUGUAGAACUUAAGUUUUUAUGUACAUAUUUGUAUACAAUUCUUACAAAUAAGAGGAAAUUGCUCUUCUGUAGGCUGGUGAUUAGUAUCAAUUGACCAUCAGAAUAUUGUAAAAUAAUAUAAAAAAAUAAGUAUAUAUGAACUUUUAAACGCGGAUAUAAGCGACUUUCAUUUUUAUUUUGCCCGAAGAUAUUCAAAGUCAAAAGUCUGAAACGGGAAAAAAACCUUACUCGAAAAUAAACACAGUGACUAUCUAUGUCAGUACAGUGCGUUUUCCCGUCAAAACUUUUGUUAACUUGUUUCACGGCUAGUAUAACAAACAAAUAAUUCUAGCUGACCGAUAUAUUUACAUACUGACGUGAAAGACACAAAAAUAAAAGGAUUUAUAUUGAAAAAAUAUAAAAAGAAAAUCACUAAAGAACAAAGAAAACAAAAAACAAUUUUGGUCGCACUGUGAGCGUCUCGAUCAAUUGCAAUGAUACACUGGAUUAUUAGACUUCUUAGUGAUUCACAAUGAAGUAAGCUUGCACGAGAUGCACUUCAGUCAGCAGCCUACACCGAAGAUUAAUAUACAAGCUUCUAACCGAAGAUUUAUGUAUCGGUGAAACGAUAAAAACUCUAAUGAGUGAACAAUGUUUUUACGCUCUUUUCUCACCCACGUUACAAAACAGUGCAACUUGGCGGAAAUGCAAAAAUAAUUGAUUGGCACUUACGGGUUUAUAAUAUUCAAUGCAAUCAUAAACAAGUAGAAAAAAACUCAAUUUCGUUAAUUGUAGUUCGCGCAAGUGCUAGUCAGGUACUCGCAAGCAUUUGCUUACAUAUGUGCACGAGAAAGCGGCAAUCGAAACGGCGUUCUAAACAAAGAUUCCGAGUAAGAGAGUGCGAGAGAGAAGGAGAGAGAGAGAGAGAGAGGGGGGGGGAGAGAGAGGGAGUACCGAGAUAUGCAUUUUUGACUGAACAAAAUAGUUUGUAGACGAUGAUAAAAAAAUAGCUAGAAAAAAUUUCAAAUUUUGUCACAAUUACAAGUCAAACGUGUUUUUUUGCAAAUGUUUAUGUGUGUGUGUGUAUAUAUACAUAUAUAUAUACAUAUAUAUAUAUAUAUAAUAAAUGAUGUUAGAUAAUAAUAAUUAAGGAGUCAUGUUGAAAACCUGUGUGAUGUGAAAUAAAAUCAGCAGCAAAGAAAUAGGAAGAAUUGUAAACAACUGUAAGAUGUAAUGUCGGUGUGGCGGUGUAAGUGAAAAGCAAAAACCAAAAAACGAAACAAAGAGCAAAAAAAUAAUUUAGUCAAUUAUUAUCAAAUCACAUGAGAUAAUUUUAGCGGAAGGAUUGUUAUGUAUGUACGGUUGACUCGUUUAUUUAUUAUUCUACGACGUCACGUAGUCUGUAAGCUUCUUAUACGGAUCUCAGUUUUUCCCCCUUUUUGUCGCUUUAUAAGCAGAUAAGUGUGAUGGAUAUUAUAUCCCCAUACUGCUUAAUAAUCAAGCUUGUCGAGUUUUGUAAUUUCUUGGUUUUUUUGUAUCGACAAAAAAAGCAACUACUUAUGAAUAUAUUUUUACUGCACUAUAACGGGCACGUGAUGAAAAAAUCCACGAGGUAUCAUCAGCUUUAAUAAUGCGAACGAAAACUCGAGCAGGAAUAUAAAUUGCAGAGCUAUAACUGCAGUUCAUACUCGGUUUCAUUUUUUAUUACAAACUAUUAAAUGAAUAAAAAUAACAACAACUUGGAAUCAUGAUAUCAUCUCAGGCCAGUACGUAUUUGUUAAUGCGAAUUGUAUGUAAAAUCAGUUGUUUAAAGAAACAUGCUUUUUCACUAAUAAAAUUUAUCGGAAA